CAUGGCAGGUUUUCUUCUCUCCUGAAGUAACGCUGCAUAGCCAAGUACCGGUAACAACGAACAAACCAACUUCCAGAACGUCUAAUAAACUCAUAAGUGGUGAAAUGAUGAAUAAGAUCUUGAUGAGACAAGUUUUGAGCCAUGGAGUGCGGUUUAUGUCGUCUGUGCCCAGCUUCAAGGCAUCGGACCUUCACAUUGACUUCUGUCCACCUGAACAACUGAAGAGCAAACCAGCAGUGAAAGACCUGGUGUUUGGCCGUAACUUUACCGACCACAUGCUCAAAAUAUACUACAAUGAUCAGUCAGGAUGGGGCAAACCCAGGAUAACACCCCUACAAGACCUUCGGUUACACCCUGCUGCUAAGGUCCUUCAUUAUGCUGUUGAGUUGUUUGAGGGCAUGAAAGCCUUUCGUGGUGUUGAUGAUGAAAUCAGACUCUUCCGGCCUGGCAAGAAUAUGGAGCGCAUGAAUCGAACAGCCGCUCGAUCAUCUCUUCCUACUUUUGACAGUGAAGAGUUGAUUAAGCUCCUAAAAAAAAUUAUUAGCAUAGAUCAAGAAUGGGUACCUCAUACUGAAUCAUCUAGUCUAUAUAUAAGACCCACCAUGAUUGGGACAGAGCCUACCCUGGGUGUCCAGCGACCAACUGAGGCACUGCUAUUUGUAAUACUGUGCCCAGUUGGGCCUUACUUCGCAAGUGGGUUUAAGCCUGUUUCUCUGCUAGCAGAUCCCCAGUAUGUGCGAGCCUGGCCAGGGGGUGUUGGCAUGAUGAAAAUGGGAUCAAACUAUGGACCAACUCUUGAAAUCCAGAAACAAGCGGAAGCUCGAUCUCUUCAUCAGGUCUUGUGGUUGUUUGGUCCAGAACACAGAAUCACAGAAGUGGGAGCAAUGAACAUCAUGGUGUUCCUAGAUAAAGGAAAUGGAGAAAGAGAACUUGUGACACCACCUCUUGAUGGGUUGAUUCUUCCUGGUGUAACUAGAGACUCAAUCUUGUCAUUGGCACGACAGUGGAAAGAGUUUACAGUGUCAGAACGGGACAUAACCAUGGCUGAGAUCGUUCAGGCAAAAAGUGAAGGCAAGCUCUUGGAAAUGUUUGGGGCUGGAACAGCAGCUGUAGUGACACCUGUUGGUGAGAUCCAUUAUGAAGGUCAGGUUAUCAAAAUUCCCACCAUGGAACACGAGAACCCACUUACACAGCGGUUCUUUGAUGCCAUCAAGGAUAUACAGUAUGGUCGAGUCAAGAGUGAAUGGACUGUUCCCAUUGAGUGAAAUAUUGGAUGAUUAGAAUGAAAUUAAGGUUGUGCAAUUCUGAAUGUAGAGUCUGAGUUCCCCAUCAAAGUAUAUUUUUGUUGAUUUUGUAAAUGGGAAAACUUUGGAGUGUGAUUGGUAUUUAUAAAGUUUGAUAGCUCUACUUUAGCAAUAAACUUCAUAAAACAAUGAAAAUAAGAUUGAUUAUAUUCACUGAUUAUAUUACAAAAUGGCUUUAACAAAUAUUUGAUAUCAAAUACAGAAUAGCCACAUAAACAAAACUUCUUCACCAUUAUUUUUCACUGAUUUUAUAAUUAAAGAAAAUAUAACUGAUUAGAUUACAAAAUUGUUUAAAACAACUCUGGGUGAAAUAUUCAGCAUUACAUUCAUAAUUACUGUAAGACUUAACCCCAUCCAUAUACAGUAGGUCCUCACAUAGCAAGGUUACCAUCACUAUAAGUUGGUAAAAGAGCCUUUAUAGGACUAAUUGUAAGAUAAAGGUAAGAACUAUGACAACAACUUAAGACAGAAUGAAUUAGAGUAGUUAGUAUAGGCACAAGUAUUGCUCUUGCAUGUACAGGCAACAGAAUAACAGGCAUUACAUUAUAUAUUGCAGCAGAAUACUUCCUUGCUAUAAAGUAUCUCUGAAAUUAGAUAGCAGUGCUUGCAGUUCAUACAUUAUUGCAUAGCAGAAUUGUUUAUUUUUCAAUUUUAAUUUACCCCCUGAUGUAAACUUCAUAGAGCGGGUGCAUGUAUGCAGUAAUAGACAAGAUGCUGUCUAAUAUGCCUGAACUGUAUCACUGCAUUAAACAGAGACUGUACACGUUCAGUCUUAAGUAAUACACAAAUCAAUGCAAUAUUAAGAAAUGCAAGUUGGGCACAGAAGUAGAGAAAUUGUAAAUUAUGUAUUUAGUUAUUGUAUAAGUUAUUUAAAAUUUUAUGUUUGUUAUAUUUUAGUAGUAAUGGCCAUUUUUGUACAAAAAUCAAAAUUAAGGUUAGGUUUAUAGUUACAUUUGUUUACUCUUUGGUAACUCACAAAACAUGGGAACUCAAAACAUCUAGCAGGGACAGUUACUGAUGAUUGUUAGGAGGAGCAUUGUAAUAAUUUAUUAUCUGUGAUAUUUACUAAAUACCAUAGAUGGCGCGGAGUGAGAAUGAGCAGACGCUCUAACAACACAGCUGUGGGUAUUAUGUUUAUUCUUGUCAGUGUUAGGAACUACAGAACUCAUUUACUGCUGUACUGUGUUGUUAAAGACAGUGACAGAAAUCUGUAUUUGUUUAAUGGUUUUAAUCAACUAAUUAAGUGUUAACAUUGCCACUUACACUUCAAAGAAUAUACUUUACAGGCAGACCUCCUCUUAUGACAGAUGCAAUACAUUCCAGGAGGGGGGGGGGGUGUUAAAUGAUGAAUCCAUUACAAGAGAUCAUCAUAUCAUAGUCCUGACAGCGUCAAUUCUUACCUUAUAAAUGUUACAGGAUGGCUUCCUUGGGAAAUAGUAAUGGCUCUGCAGAUGUUAUGGCUUUUUAUAGAUAUUGUUUUAAUCAUAGUAGAAGCUCGGCAAAGCGGCCGGUCCACGUCUGCCUCAGCCGUCCAUGUCAUUAACUUUCCUGGUCACCUUGACUCCUUUACCAAUGCUCUCACUUACUGACCAUGUUCCAGACAUGAUGGGCCUAAAAUUUUCACUUAACACUUGCAGGAGAUUGUUAAAAGGACGGUAAAGAGACAGAACUUAUUUAAGUUCUGGCAGGCUGUACAGUACAGAACAAAUUGAUUAGCUGAGAGGAUGUUCUUUUACUUUUGAUGGAAUUUGUUUCUUUAGAGUUUCCUUUUAAUGAUAUUAUUGUAUAUCUAUUAAAUUAAUAUUUUUUCGUGGCUCUUCAAUGAAAAUAUGUGAGAUGAGGUUCUCUUAAAAGAGGUCUGCAUGUGUAUAUAAACUAACAUGGGGUAUUUGCAGAUAAUUCCUUGAGAAAUAAGUGUACAGUAUUAUGUUUAUAUCUUAACACUAUGAUUUAUAAAUAAUUUGACUGACAACUACAUGGGAAGAAGAGCACUGAACUAAAUAUUAAAUUGAUGAAACGGGGAGGAAUGAGUAAUUGUAAUGAUUUACAUGUGCCCUGCAAUCUGACCAGGCUGUAACAGUGGAUCCCUUGCCAAAUACCUCAGGUUCCAGGUUGCUCCUCACCUGAUUGGACACUUUCUCAUAUUGCUUCGGGUUUUGGGCAGCUAAGUGCUUUAUGUAUUAAGAGCAUUCAAUUAAGGAAUUGACUUUGCAAUUUUUUUUCCAAAAGUCUGGAAUGUUUUAAUUGCAGGUUCCUCUAUUUGGGAACAAGCCAUUUUAAGUGUGCCUGUUUUGUUCUCAGGUUUGAGGUCCAUCCAUUGACGAUAAAGUAAUACUGCACAUGUGAGGUCUUGAAGAAUUCUUGUAUUUUUUACUUUGAGAGUCAACAUGCACAUCAUUUCUCUUACAUGUGCAAUCUCCUUGUUGCCCACAACUUAACUUCCAGUCCUGCUGAGAAUUGUAUCCCAAAGAAUAUUGUCAUAUUUUUGUUUAAGCACUGGUUAAAACCUUUUACAAACAACCUCUCGAUCACAUAUAUUGUACUCCUUCCUUUGUUGAGCAUAAGAAUGAACUUCACCCCAUCCACCAGUGUUCACAUCUUCAUGAUACUCUUCUUGUAUGUAUAUGUGAGUUUCUCUCUCCCUCUCUAGAAAGCACUUUUCUGGUAUGGCACAGAGUAGCCGAAUCAAUGCUGUAAUAAUCGAGUUGAGCUGUCAUGUUCUCCUUUCACAAUAAGACCCAAAGAUUUCUACAUGGCCUACUCGUAUCCUAUUACAACUGAACAUCUCCAAUGGACAGCAAAUGUUUUCCUGCAGAUUUUGCAUUUCAUUGUAUAAAUUUUGAUAUUAAACCAUGAGACACUA